CGACGUCGUCCAUGUUAAAAAGAACGCUGAGUCCUUUACCUCCACCACCGUCCGAAGUCACUGUCACCGCAACAACACCGUCGCAGAAGUCGACGUCAAACCCUCUUCCUAAGCUUCUCUCCUUCGUCAGAUUUGGAACUUGAAUGUGAGAUCUGAUGGCAUCAUUGGAAGUGAAAUCAGGCUCAUUGGUAUCUUUACAAGAUCUGCGACCAUCCUCUCCUUUUUUCAAGCAAGGAACAUCACUCAGAAUAAUUGGAAAGUUACAUGAGUACUCUUCAGAGACAGGCCUAGCAACAGUUAUCGAUGGUAAGGACAUUCUAAAAGUUAAUACUGAGCAUUUGAGGGACCUUAGGUUUCAAGUUGGCUCUGUCUACCAAUUCAUCGGUGAACUCCUUAUCCAACCUGAUAACGAGGGAGUUUUGCAAGCACGUGUUGGUAGAAACGUCGAUGGGAUUGAUCUCAACCUUUAUCAUCAAUCUUUGCUGCUUUUGAGACAGUUUCAAGCCAAUCAUUUGGAUAAUGCAGCAACUUAACUUUGCAGGAUUAUUUUUGUAGACAAGAAGGCAUGAUCAUUUUUCCAUCAAAAUAUAAAAGGUGGAAGGUUGCUGUUGCUCCCUUAAUGAAAUGAAGUGACACAUUAUUUCAACAUGAAUUUUAAUAUGCUUUUAACAGUCUCUUUCAGUAUGGUGGUGCAUCAACAUUAUAUCAACAUCUUUAUAGCAUAUGGGUACUUGGAUGUCCAUAUGAUUAACAUAUUUCCAUCUAUUGUUGACUCGGUCGGUCCCCUCAUUUAUGUCGUAGCUGUAGUGGUUGAAAAGGUAGAGAGCAACAUCUACUAAACAUACAAAGUUUUUCUUUCUCAUAUUAUUGUCUACCACUCAUUCAGAAUUAUGGUGGUGGAGUUAUAAUUUUCAUUGACAAGCAAUGAAUUAUGUUUUUGACGGUGCAUUUCAAGCUUGUAAUGAUGGAAUAUUUGUUGGUUUUCA